AUGCGGGGAGUCGGGGGAUCAGAGGGAGUCGGGGGGUCAGAGGGGGUCGAGGGAUCACGGAACGCGAAAGACCUACGGGACAGCUCAACGCAUGGCAUCAAUUUAGAUAGCGAGAGGGGGACGACGAUCGCAGAGGCACCUCAGAAGCAACCUAGUCCCAACCACGCAAAUGACGACGGGAUGAAGAGGGGGGAGAGUGAGGAGCAGCACGAGGCCUCCGCUUCCUCCGAUCCCUCCGCUCCCUCCGCUCCCUCCGAUCCCUCCCCCUCCUCCCCGCCUCCCGCCGUCCGCUGGUCCGUUGCGCCGUGCACCCGCGGGGGGCUUGAGGGGCCGCCGCAGCUCGACAUCUCGCCCGCGCCGGGGGAAGCGGAAGGGUGGGAGGCCGCGCCGAGUCCGGGGAAGGCGCGGGAGUGGGGGGAGUGGGGGGAGUCGGCGGAGUGGGCGGAGGUAGACCUGCGCGAGAUCACGCUGACCAAGGAGAUUGCGCGGGGGUCGUCCAGCGUGGUGUACAGAGGCGUGUAUCGCAAGCAGAGCGUUGCUGGUGGGUGCUGUGCGGUGAAGAGGGUGAAGGUGGACAUGGUGAAGGUGGUGGACCUAGGCAGCAACGACGGCUCAUCGCUGCAUGCGGUGCAGGAGAGGAGGGCGGCGCUUAUACGGGAGGUGAUUAUAUGGAGCCGCGUCACGCACCCCCAUAUAGUCCCGGUGAUAGGGGCGCACAUCCCCCUGCUCUCCCCCGAGGCCCACCCAUCCCCCUCCCCCCGGACGCCCAGGCAGCAGAGGGUGGACUCGCGCCUGCGGGGCGAGCAGGCGUGCGUUGUGAGUGCGCUCAUCGGCACGGGCGUGACGCUCAAGGAGUAUCUCGCUCGCACUGCCAGGGAGAAGAGGAAGCUGCCUCUGCACAUGCUGGUUGAUUUGGCCAUGCAGCUUGCCAAGAGUCUCGCCUUCCUGCACUCCCUGCGGGUGGUACACGCCGACGUGUGUCCCGAUCACGUGCUUCUCGACUCCACCUUACGUCUGCACCUCGCGGGCUUCGCCUGUGCUUCUAUCGAGGGAGACCUCGCAUACAGUCACGCGGGCAGAGGGGAGGAGAGAGGCAAUCCGAACUACAUGGCUCCUGAGGUGCUCAACUCCCUUCCCUACGACCGCCGGGCAGACGUGUUCAGCUUCGGCAUGUGCUUGUGGGCCAUGCUCUCCUGUGAGCCGCCCUUUCCCAAGUGUGAUUACAACGAGAUCUCCGACCUUCUGCUGCAGGGCGUGCGCCCCAUCAUCUCCCCCAAGUGCCCCCCUGACUUGGCGCAUGUGCUGCGCUGCUGCUGGGAGGGCGCCCCUGCAUCACGCCCCUCCAUGCCGCAAGUCAUCACCCUGCUGCGCUCACUCAACGUCUUUGCCUCCCGCCAAGACCACCCUGCAAGGGAUGCUAGGCCGGGGGAAUCUGGUGCAGCAGCAGCAUCAGGUGCUGCUGCUAUCAGUACGGAAGGUGUGGUGGCCAGAGGGUAUGCCAUAGCAGGUCGGGUUGCUGGUGCUAACCCUGCUGCUGCUGCCGCUGCCGCUGCCGCUGCCACUGCGAAUUCCGACACAAAUCCCGAGACUAGUCCCGAGGCUAGCACCGGUGCUAGCACCGGGUGCGUGGGAUGGGAAGGAGGUUCUGCAGCAGAUAGUAUCAGCCCCGUUGGCAGUGCUCGCAGCAUUGGGUGGGAGGCAGGGGGGGGGAUAACCGGCACUGGGAAUGCCAGCCCAGCAGGGAGCAUGGGGAGCAUGAGGAGUGUGGGUUGGGAGGGGGAGCUGAUGUCUCCUGCGUGGAGUGGGGAGGCGGGGCAGGCGUGGGUUGGGGAGCGGCCGGUGUGGGAGAUCAAGCUGAGGAACGUUAUUUUAAAGAAAGAGAUUGCUAAGGGGUCGUCUGGGAUUGUGUACAAGGGCAAAUACAAGGACUGCCCCGUUGCAGUGCGGGUGGUGCCUUGGAGCGAGGUGGAAGGGGAGAUGUCCGAGGGGGAGCAGUGGGAGCAGAGGAGGGCCAAGUUCCUAAGGGAAUUCAUCGGAGCAUCAAUCCCCGAGCACCCUCAACUGCCGACCACCCCCACUAGCGCUGCCACUAGUAGCGCUGCUGAUGGAAAGGACAAGGAAAAAGGUGCUGACAGGGAGAAAGGGGCGGACAGGGAGAAAGGGGCGGACAGGGAGAAAGGUGCGGACAGGGCGGAUACACGAUUCAAGGGGCAUGCGUUCUGUGUGGUGAUGGAGCACGUGGAACACUGCAGCCUCAAGGAAUAUCUUUUCCGGGCAGCCCGCGAGCGAAGGAAGCUGCCGAUGCCGUUCAUUGUGCAAGUGGCAGUUGAUCUCGGCAAGGGCCUGGCGUAUCUGCACUCCAUGGGCGUGGUGCACGGCGACAUUUGUCCUGAGAACCUCCUUCUGGACGGCAAGCGCCGCCUCAAGAUCGCAAGAUUCGGGGCGGCGCGUGUGGAGGCGUCUCACCCAGUCAGCACUGCCACUGGCAGCUGCCGCCGCACCCUCAGCUACAGCGCGCCAGAGGUGCUCUUCUCGCAGCCCUACGACCGCUCUGCUGACGUCUACAGCUUCGGCAUCUGCCUGUGGGAGCUCUAUGCCCGGGAGGCGCCGUUCCUGAACCUAGACUUUGGGGAAGUGGCCGAUGCUGUCAAGGAGGGCUCACGCCCCAUUAUAUCCCCCAAGUGCCCCCCUGACUUGGCCAAUGUUAUGCGUUGCUGCUGGGAAGGUCUCCCUACUGCUCGCCCUUCGAUGCCCCAAGUUCUUGCAAUGCUGCAGAAGGCGGAAUCAGGAGAAGCAGGGGGAGCAGGCGGAAGGAGGCGGCGUUCGGAGAGCUCCUCCGUGGGGGUGAACAUCGCCGCACUGGAUAAGGCGCUGGACCGAGUCAUGUCCAUGCCGUGGCGCGGCGAGAAGAAGGCGGGCGACGGCGACGGCGACGGAGGCCUGGGAUUGGGCGCGGCGUGGCAGGAGAAAGCGGAGAAGAACGGGAAGCAUGUGCUGGGUAGGGCACGUUCUCAUGGAAACGGGGAGGGGGAUUCUGUUCGUGCUGCCGCUGCGGCGGCCGUUGCUGCCAUCCGCAGUGAUGGUGACGUGGUGCCUUUUGCUAAUAAUGUCUCGGGUGUGCCGCUGAACAAGUGUGGUAAGGAAGCGGGUGCGAAGGACGGGACGAAUAAGGAGCGGUCUGCGGAGGUGGAAGUGGGUACAGAUGGGCGGAGGGGCGCAGGCGAUGUCGCAAUAGCAGGCGACCCCGCGUGGCAGGUUGAUUUGCGGCGUGUGACUUUAAAGAAAGAGAUUUGCAGGGGCGCGUACAGCACGGUGUAUAAGGGCGCGUUCAGGGACAUGGAUGUUGCCGUGAAGGCAAUCGACUGGGGCGAAGCGGGGUCGUUCUCGCCGGUGCUGCGCGCCAAGCAGAGAGCCACUCUGCUGCGCCAGGUGCACGUGUGGCGAGGCCUCAAGCACCCCUACGUGACUCAGCUGGUAGCAGCGAGCGUGUCAGCGGACUGUGCGCCCUGCACCACCCCCCGCGGCGUGGACGCGCGUUUGCGCGGCGUGGCGGGGUGCCUCAUCAUGGAGUAUGUGGGCGAUCUGACUGUCAAGGAGCGCGUGGUGGGGUGUCUCAUCAUGGAGUAUGUGGGCGACCUGACGCUCAAGGAUUGUCUCGCUCGCGCCGCCAGGGAGCGCAGAAAGCUGCCUCUGCACAUGCUGGUGGAGCUGGCCUUGCAGCUCGCCAAGGGUCUGGCCUACAUCCACAGCAGCGGUGUGGUGCACGGGGACGUGUGCCCCGACAACCUCCUCCUCACGGAUCGCAGGCGCCUCAAGAUCGCCGGCUUUGGCGUCGCGCGCUUCGAAGGCGACUGCCAGGCUCGUGGCCGUGGGGGCGCCCAGCGCUGUGACAACUCUGGCUCUGCUGGGGUUCUUGGGGAUUCUCAAGAACAAACCGGGGUCGCUGGGAGCGAGGCAGGGGCAGGGGCAGGGGCAGGGGUGGCGGGGGCAGAGGUAGGGGGAAGGGGGGGUGAUGAGGCUGUUGGACAGCAGCCACAAGACGUGCUGCAGGGAGAGGACCUGCAGGAUUCGGCUCGGAAUGGUGAAGGGGAGGAGAGGCGUGGAGUAGGGCGGGAUGUGGAGGUCGGGAGACGCGAGGCAGGAGAGGCGAGAGGGGGCGGAGGAGCAGCAGGAGGGGCGGAGGAGGGUGUGGUGACGGGGGGUGAGAAAGGAGGGGAGGCGGCGGGGGGGUGGUUGCCUCAUGACGCCAGUGGGGAGACGGGCUCAGUGGGAUACAUGGCUCCUGAGGUUCUGGCUGGACUGCCAUACGACCGCCGUGCUGACGUGUACAGCUUUGGCAUCUGCCUGUGGGAGCUGCUGACCUGCGAGACCCCCUUUGACUCGUUUGACUUCAGCGAAAUGGCUUCUGCCAUCAGUGAGGGCGUGCGCCCCAUCUUGCCCCACAAGUGCCCCCUUGACUUGGCACGAGUCAUGCGGUGCUGCUGGGAGGGCUCCUCACCUUCCCCGCUUUUCAUCCUUCCUCCCCUCAUCCCAUCCUACCAGGGCGUGCGCCCCAUCUUGCCCCACAAGUGUCCUCCUGACAUCGCACGAGUCAUGCGGUGCUGCUGGGAGGGAUCCUCUGCUGCGCGCCCCUCCAUGCCGCAAGUCAUUGCUAUGCUUGAAAAGGUCAAUGUGUUCAGUGGGAAAGAGAUUCCAGUGCACAACAUUUGA